CUCUCUACAGCCAUACUCAGUCUCACUCGUCCGCUGUUAGAGGCACAACCUGCCGCACAGAGAGAGAGAGAAAGACAGGAGGACAGACAGACAGAGAGACAGACAGGAGGACAGACAGACAGACAGGAGGUGCAGGUGCAGUCGUAUUCAGUGUGUUUCCAUCUGAACUGUUCAUGAUGUUGGAGCGGCUGCAGUCGGCUCUGAAAACUGUCAAGGACUCAAAACCCCCCUCCCUGAUGUCUCACCGGUUCGUGACGGUGCGUCGCGGCAGCCCGGCGGCUCGCAGCGGUCAGAUCCAGCCCGGGGACCAGCUGGAGGCGGUGGAGGAUCGGCCCGUCGGAGGUCUGCAGCACCGGGACCUGGCCCAGAUCCUGAGGAGGGCCGGGAACACCCUGAGACUGAGCAUCACACCCAGACACCACACCUCCUCUCUGUCAGAGGGAGCAGACCUGGACAUUGACGGUCGACUGAUGAAAGGAUCCAGAGGGAGGUCAAAGGACGAGUCCAGGUUCUACAGUGUGGAUCUGGAACGAGGUCCUACAGGUUUCGGUUUCUCUCUGCGGGGGGGCAGCGAGUACAACAUGGGACUAUAUGUGCUGGGCCUGAUGGAGGGGGGGCCGGCCCAACGCAGCAACAAGAUACAGGUGUCUGAUCAGCUGGUGGAGAUUAACGGCGACAGCACGGCGGGGAUGACUCACAGUCAGGCCGUGGAGCAGAUCAGGAGAGGAGGACAUCGAAUCCACCUCGUCCUCAAGAAGGGAAACGGAUACGUCCCCGACUACGGUGAGACCUGAACACACACACCACAACACACACGUUUACAGGACGUCAGAGGGUGGACACACACCCUGCUGCUCUGUGACACAGAGGGGACGGGUUGAAACAGGAGGAGACGCCUGCAGCCAGAACUCAGGGCUUAAUGUGAGGCAGCAGGUAACUGCUCACACUGAUGAAGGUGAAGACGUCAGAGAACAGGAAGUAAAACAACAAAGAUCUGUGGCCUCUAACAGCGCCUCCUGCUGGCCACCGCCACACACUGAGAAUCAUCACACACAACAUGACCUCACUGAUACAAACACAUCAACAAAAGUCUGAUCGAUCAUCAAUCAUUGAUUAAUUACAACUGAAACUGAUCAUUUACGACCUGAUGACUCCUCUGGAUCUGUCUCUACUCUCUCUCUCCUUCCUCCUUUUUCCUGCUGCUCCUCCUCCUCCUC